CCACUGGCAGUCGCCGAACCUCAUGCAUUGCGCGUAGGAUUGUGUGAAUAGGCGCGUCUGCCUUUUUUGCGACACUGCCCGAACCCUUACUGAUACCUGUUGUUCUCUGUUCUGCACCCUCGCGUCGCGCAACAACUAAGCACAGACUAAGCAGGCUCUGUGCCAGCCUACGGUCUGGCCAUCAACCCCCAAGAUGUCUGGCCUGUUCGGCAGCACGGCUGCGUCCGCUGCCUCUACAAGCACCACCGGUGAUGUCUCUAAAGAUGUAGCCUUGGUAACGCCACCAGAAGACAGCAUAUCAGACCUGAAGUUCUCUCCUUCAGCCGACUUCCUCGCAGUUGCAUCAUGGGACAAGAAAGUAAGGAUAUACCAGGUGAAUGAACAAGGUCAGAGCGAGGGAAAGGCUGCUAUGGACUUUGACGGUCCUGUGCUCAGCUGCGCAUGGUCUGAAGACGGACAGAAAAUCGCAGGUGUUGGCGCCGACAAAACCUUCCGACUACUCGACCUUGCGUCUGGCAAUAUGACCCCUCAGACCCUUGUGGCCCACGACCAGCCAAUCCGUUCAUGCGCUUUCACUACUAUUCAGAACUCACCCAUUCUCAUCACCGGCUCCUGGGACAAAACAGUGAAAUACUGGGACUUCAGAUCACCGAACGCAGUAGCGACUCUACAAUGUCAAGAACGAGUAUACACGAUGGACGUCAAGAGCAAACUGCUCGUGAUAGGGACUGCGGACCGAUACAUCAACAUUGUCGACCUGAACUCACCAGAGAAGUUCUACAAGUCAAUGCAAUCACCAUUGAAAUUCCAGACCAGAGUUGUGAGCUGCUUCACGGAUGCUACGGGCUUCGCAGUGGGCAGCAUUGAGGGUAGAUGUGCAAUCCAGUACGUGGAAGAGAAGGACUCAUCAAAUAACUUCAGCUUCAAAUGCCACCGAGACACUCCGAAUGCGACGGGGCCGAAUCGCGACACCGCAAACGUCUAUGCAGUCAACGCCAUUUCCUUCCAUCCAGUACACGGAACAUUCUCGACUGGAGGCAGCGAUGGAACAUUCCACUUUUGGGACGGCAAUGCGAAACACAGACUCAAAGGUUACCCGAAUGUGGGCUCACCGAUCACGGCAACAGCGUUCAAUCGACAAGGAACGGUAUUUGCAUACGCGCUCUCGUAUGACUGGAGCCAGGGCUACCAGAAAAAUACACCACAGUUGCCCAACAAAAUUAUGUUACAUGGCGUGCAGCCGGAGGAGGUCAAACCCAGACCAGGAGGGAAGAAGAGAUGAUCUACUCAGCGCUGUGGACGGAUACCAAAAUCGAAUUGGAGAGCGGCUGAUGGUGCGAUGCACAUUUCCGUGGUAGACUUGAGAGAAGAUGAUGAGCGCGCGUUGGUGAUUCUGACGUUCCGACAAUUUCCAAGAUACGUCGACAAUACGGCCCUAAGGCAGAGGCGAAGCAAUUACGAUCAGGCAGCACG